AUGGCAUUACCACAUAUGAUGAGUUUCUUGAUGGAUGCUCAACAAAAUCUGUACAACAAUGACUACGGCUUAGCGAGUCACUGUGCUGUUCUCGGUCUUAAAUUGACCAAUAGUGACCUUAUAACUAAGAAACUCUCCAUCGGGUGUGACACUACCACGAACAUCGGUCUCACGAGCCCCGACUUGGGAUCACAGCCAGGCUUGGAUGGACACAACAAAUUCGAGUCUGAUACAUCUCUCACUCGUGACGAUUAUUUCCUUGCAGAUGGCGAUAAAUUCUCGUUUAACGGAACGCUGUUUGAAUAA